AUUGCAGAUCCCGUUCCUAGGUAAAAUGUGUCCACGUCCGCGAAUUCGUUCCUCAGCUGCGAGAAGCUUCUCACCUGUUCACACAAUCUAUUGAAAUUAUAUGCAAUCUAAUGAAAUCAGGAGGAAUAUCAGGAAGAAAUAUAACAGGGGGAACUGCAAGCGUUAAAAUGAAUGAACCAAGACAUUUUCUUUCGUGUCAGGAUCGUAUCUGGAGCGUCACCGCGAUUGACGUAGGCGGUACCAGGUGUACGAUGAUGUAUAAGUCAGUCGAAUGCUCGAAAGGAACAAAAGAGUUCAGCAACGACCCUAUUCCAUUUAGAGCGAAGUCGACCCCGAUACCGUCACGCUUCGACGCUUCUACCCCCUCCAUCGCAUGCAUAUUUAUGGACAAACAUUAUUCAAGCAGAUUUUAUAAAUUACCUGCACGGUGUGAUCGUGGUUGUUAACGAUUCGUAUGACACGUCCCGAGGAAGGCUUUCCACCACCAGGAGGUGGUGCUUCGU